CAACCCAUCCGCAGUCUCACAAAAAUGAUCUAACACAGCUUAGGGCUUUUCGGGAACUCAUCAGCUGAGAAAGUACAGUAUGUUGAUUGGAGCAAUCGUCAUCAGCAACAAAAAUGGUUGAUGAUUGCACCAUCAGAGCCCGCGCGGGGUCGGUGUUGACAUUACACAUACUUCAAAAGCACUGAAGAUGCACUGCACUCUGAUCACAUUUCUCUAAAUCUCUCGCUUUGAUAAAGCGAGUAUCUCAUUGAUCAACAUCCAGCCCAACAUGACCAUCACUGUGACAAUCACCGCUCAACAACCUGAUAUUCAAUACGCCCCCGACGUGAACAAAUGGCAUGCUCGCACGGAGCGUCGCUUACGCACUGAAACCCUUCCUACUGAGCUUCCUUCUGGCUUUCCGGCGAAGCUCGAGUCGGAUCUGGUCUGGAAGGGCAAAGACAUCGCAGAGCGGUAUAACUGGACGUACGUCCUGACCGAGGCAGAUCUCGAGGAGAUUGACGCUGCAGUGCUGCAUUUCAAGUCGUUGAGCAAACCCCUUGGUUUCAUUGAUCCGGAGACCUUCCCUCUACCUGCGCUGCACUCAAUGUUACGUGAUAUCUCGCAGGAGCUUCACAACGGACACGGAUUCAAGGUUGUCAGCGGUGUGCCGGUCGACAAGUACUCGCGCGAAGAAAAUCUCAUUAUUUACGUGGGACUCUCUGCACAUGUUGCCCCGAUCCGCGGUCGCCAGGACUCGUCCUAUGAUGGCACACCGGCAGACGUGAUGCUCAAUCAUAUUAAAGACUUGAGCACCCAGGAGCAGAGCAAAGGCCGCAUUGGGGCGCCAGCAUAUACCACCGACAAACAAGUCUUUCACACCGAUGCGGGGGAUAUCAUCUCCCUGUUUGCGCUCAAUACGGCCGCGGCGGGCGGCCAGAGCAAGCUGGCCAGCAGCUGGCGUGUGUACAAUGAAUUAGCGGAAACGCGACCUGACCUCAUUCGUACGCUCGCGGAGAACUGGACUCUUGACGGGUUCGGCGAUCCUCAGAACCCAUAUCAUGAGCGCCCGUUACUCUUUCAUCAGCCAGCUACUGGCAAGCAGCCUGAGCGCGUCCUGAUUCAAUAUGCGCGACGCAACUUCACUGGAUUUCAGGACCUGCCCAGGUCCAAGAAUAUUCCUCCGAUCACUGAGGCACAUGCGGAGGCCCUCGAUUCGUUGCACUUUUUGGCCGAGAAGUACGCAAUCGGGCUUGACUUCCGCAAGGGUGACAUUCAGUACAUCAAUAACCUGAGCAUCUUCCAUGCCAGAGAUGGGUUUCAGGACACCCCGGAGCAGCAGCGCCAUCUCGUCCGCCUCUGGCAGUGCGAUCCCGAGUAUGCAUGGGAAACCCCCGAGCCUUUGGUUAGAACUUGGAAGCAGCUAUAUGACGGAGUCACACCUGAGGCUCAAUUCUUCCCUCUGGAGCCUUAUAUCAGGGACUCGGCGGCUGGGGGCAGAAAGGAGUAGGCAUGUGUGCUGGUGCUGGAUAAUGUUGUUGCGGGCUGGCAAUUCCGUUAUUCCCCGGGCCUUGGCUCAGACAUAUAUAAAGAACGAUAUGCAGCGCUGUACAAUAUGUGCAAUGUUGAUUGUGG